UCGUGGAAAUCUCACUUCCGCUUUUUUUCGCAGGAGAUAGCGUCGAAGAAGCGACGAUUAUUUUGAGGUGGGAGAGCAUAAAACCAAGACUACAGAGGAAUUAUAUUUUACAAUGGGAGGAAGUGAGUCAAAAAUUAACUAUGAAACAGUGGACAGAACGGAUCCCAGCGCGCGUUUGCAAGGCGAGAGGAUAGCUCAAGAAGAAAAUGAGCAGAGAAUGAGAGAUUUGCGUGACAAGAUGGAAAGAGACCGCGAGCUGGCAUUACGCGAUGCGAAGGCGCGUGCCUUGUGCGAAGACGAGGAACAAAGGGAGCUUUUAGAAAAACAACGACGUGAAAGAGAAGAAACUGAAAGUAGAUUAAAAGAGGAAGAAGCGUUCCUUAAACUCAAACAAGAACUGAUGAUGUACGACUUUCAGAUUUGUCCAAGGAUCAGGAAAGAAUCUUUCACGGAUUUGCAGGUGGCCGACAUUGAUCUGAUUCGCAUUGCUCUAAUUGGCCCUACAGGAUCUGGUAAAACU